CUGCACUGCUCGGCCCACCCUUUUGCCACUAAUCACGCGCCACCAGGUGGGGGGCUCGUAUCUACCAAACUGUAUUUUCUUUUAGGGCUAACAUCACGAUUCUUCAGCUUGGCUGGAGACACUGCAGAGGCAGAAAUGCUCAAGCACCGUGUAAUGCUCGCAGAAUUUGUUCCAUAACUGUCGUUAAUCAUUAAUUUCCCUGAAGGCCAAUGUUUGCUUUUUGCUGUUAUAAACAAUAAUAUUCACAGCAAUAGACUAUAACACUAAAGUACAGUUUGUGCUGAGCACCUGUCUGCUGUCGUCAUGUUAGAUGUUCCAAAUACACCAACACUUAUCCCCACAAGACUGUCAGAAGGCAGGCGGUGUCACUCCUGCAGUGGUCAAGUCAUUUCCCAAGGUCAGGCAGCUAGUAAGUGACAGAUCCAGGAAUCGAAUCCUGCCCAGUUUGAGUCCCACAUCAGCGCGCUCUGCAUCGUACUUUGCUACCUCUGAAGCCCCAGAACCCAGACAGGUCAGUGCAGGUGACCCUUCGCGGACGAGUUUUCUGAACCGUGUUUGGCCCUUGACAGAAUGCCUGGAGUUGCAGUCUGUAGCCCCGAGAAGCUCCGCCGCUGGCAGGGGACGCAGAGGAGCUGCCAGAGCAGUUGGCCGGGGAGGCGUCUGCGAUGACAGCGCUUCUGCUGCAAGCAGCAUGGAGGUGACAGACCGCAUUGCCUCACUGGAGCAGCGAGUGCAGAUGCAAGAAGACGACAUCCAGCUGCUCAAAUCAGCCCUGGCUGACGUGGUCCGGCGGCUGAACAUUACUGAGGAACAGCAGGCCAUGCUUAACAGGAAAGGACCUACCAAAGCAAGACCCCUGGUGCAGACCCUGCCUUUAAGAACCGCCAUCAACAACGGGACUGUGUUACCAAAGAAGCCCAGUGGUUCUCUACCGUCCCCCUCCGGAGUCAGGAAAGAAACUGCUGUGCCAGCAACCAAAAGCAUCAAGCGGACCAGCUCUUCGGAACGAGUCUCUCCUGGUGGUCGCAAGGAGAGCAAUGGGGACUCCAAGGGAAACCGGACUCGGACCGGUUCUACCAGCAGUUCUUCAAGUGGCAAAAAGAACAGUGAAAGCAAACCCAAGGAGCCCGUGUUCAGUGCAGCCCUUCUGUCUCUGUCUCCGAAAUCACAAGGGAAACGCCGGGUGACACACUGCAAAGAAGAAGGCUAUGUAAAAAUGUUUCUUCGUGGACGCCCUGUUACCAUGUACAUGCCCAAAGAUCAAGUGGAUUCUUACAAUUUAGAAGCAAAAGUAGAACUUCCAACCAAGAGGCUCAAGCUGGAAUGGGUCUAUGGGUACCGAGGCCGAGACUGUCGUAACAACCUGUACUUGCUUCCGACGGGAGAGACGGUGUAUUUCAUCGCGUCCGUGGUGGUGCUGUACAACGUGGAGGAGCAGCUGCAGCGCCACUACGCCGGCCACAACGACGACGUGAAGUGCCUAGCAGUUCAUCCUGAUAGGAUCACGAUAGCAACAGGACAAGUUGCAGGCACAUCUAAGGAUGGAAAACAAUUGCCCCCACAUGUGCGCAUCUGGGAUUCUGUGACAUUGAACACUCUGCACGUCAUUGGAAUAGGUUUUUUUGACCGAGCUGUCACCUGCAUUGCGUUUUCUAAAUCUAAUGGAGGAAGCAAUCUCUGUGCUGUGGACGACUCCAACGACCACGUGCUGUCCGUGUGGGACUGGCAGAAGGAGGAAAAGCUGGCUGAUGUGAAGUGCUCUAAUGAAGCUGUGUUUGCUGCGGAUUUCCACCCCACGGACACCAACAUCAUAGUGACCUGUGGAAAAUCUCAUCUCUACUUUUGGACACUAGAAGGAAACUCCCUUAUUAAGAAGCAAGGGUUAUUUGAGAAACAAGAAAAGCCAAAGUUUGUCCUUUGUGUGACUUUUUCUGAAAAUGGUGACACCAUUACCGGAGACUCAAGUGGCAACAUCUUAGUAUGGGGAAAAGGUACGAAUCGAAUAAGCUAUGCAGUUCAAGGGGCCCACGAGGGUGGCAUUUUUGCACUUUGUAUGUUAAGAGAUGGCACGCUGGUGUCGGGAGGUGGCAAAGACCGGAAGCUCAUUUCUUGGAGCGGAAACUAUCAAAAACUUCACAAAACUGAGAUUCCAGAACAGUUCGGCCCAAUACGGACAGUGGCCGAGGGGAAAGGUGAUGUGAUCUUGAUUGGCACGACUAGAAACUUCGUCCUACAAGGCACUCUGUCGGGGGACUUUGCACCCAUCACUCAGGGUCACACUGAUGAGCUUUGGGGACUGGCUGUCCAUGCCUCGAAACCUCAGUUCUUGACCUGCGGUCACGACAAGCAUGCCACUCUCUGGGAUGCUGUUGGUCACCGGCCCGUCUGGGACAAAAUAAUAGAGGAUCCAGCUCAGUCUUCUGGUUUUCAUCCUUCAGGGUCUGUGGUUGCGGUUGGAACACUCACAGGCAGGUGGUUUGUGUUUGACACGGAAACAAAAGACUUGGUCACCGUCCACACAGACGGAAACGAGCAGCUCUCUGUGAUGCGGUACUCCCCAGAUGGGAAUUUCUUGGCAAUAGGCUCUCACGACAACUGCAUCUACAUAUACGGAGUCAGCGACAACGGGAGGAAGUACGCUCGCGUUGGCAAGUGCUCAGGUCACUCCAGCUUCAUCACUCACCUGGACUGGUCUGUAAACUCGCAAUUCCUCGUGUCGAAUUCUGGAGACUAUGAAAUCCUUUACUGGGUUCCCUCUGCUUGUAAGCAAGUCGUAAGUGUGGAAACUACGAGAGACAUUGAAUGGGCUACCUAUACCUGCACUUUGGGAUUCCAUGUUUUUGGCGUGUGGCCAGAAGGCUCGGACGGAACCGACAUCAACGCUGUCUGUCGGGCCCAUGAGAAGAAACUCCUGUCAACGGGCGACGACUUUGGCAAAGUGCACCUGUUCUCUUAUCCCUGCUCACAGUUUAGGGCCCCCAGCCACAUCUACGGCGGGCACAGCAGCCACGUCACCAACGUCGACUUCCUCUGCGAAGACAGCCACCUCAUCUCCACGGGCGGGAAGGACACCAGCAUCAUGCAGUGGCGGGUCGUCUAGCCCCCGGCGAGGCCGGGAGCGGGGCGCGCACGGAAGGCGCGCCUCGCUUUGCGCUUGGUCACUGUGAUUUCUGUUCUGUUUUAAAAAAUUCUCACAAACCUCAGGAAAACCAUGCCCUCUGCCGCUUACCUUCGCCGAGCGGCCGGCGGGCGGCGGCGGGCGAGCGGUUCCGACUCGCAGUUCCGCGCGCCAGGCGUGCAACAGCGCGCUGAACACGGAGAAGGUUUACACUGCGGUGACGUCAACACAAGUGACUGGUACAUCCUUGGGAACUUUCCUACGAACUCUUCAAAAAUGGUCACAGAAUGCCUUUUAAGAUACUGUGGAUAGUCUGUUUCACCGUCUGGCCUGCUCGGUCAGGAUUUAUGAGGAUCGUGAGGCAGCGGCCGCGACCGGUGGCUGUUGGCGAGGCGGUCCCAGCGGGCUAGGCCGCCGGAGGAGAGCGGGAGCGGGGACGUGCGGAGCAGCCUCGGAAACGCGACCGGAGGCUGCCCUGGGUGCGCUCUCUAAGGCUCCACGCGCCUCCCCUCCGGGGCUGCGAGGAGGCUUGCAUUCAUUCUUCUUUGUCCAGCAGAUUCCACUCCAAACCGACGUACACGCACCGUCCUGCCCAGCCGGACGCAGCCAGCCGCUCACCACCGACGGCACUCGCGCCCUCCGCCCCUGCUCACGCGCCCGGUUCACCGUGAGCCGUGCCGCCACCGCCGUGUGUACAGUGAUUGGCAUGAUAUGACAUUGUACUCGUAUAGGAUUUUAGCGGUUCAUGACAAACGCGUAAGACUAGGCUUUCCUGUCGAUGCUUAUGGACGCUGUACAUUUGUAUUCUACGACCAAGCAGACCAAGUCAGCAGUGAUCUCCUGAGUGCCCCGCACACCCGCGGGGAGGAGAAGUCUGGAGAGCGCCACCAGGUGCCAAGGGCAGCUGCUGUCCUGUCUUUCGUGCAUGGACGACUCGUGACAGUGUGAAAUAAGGUUGUGUUCUGAGGAGUAAAACGUAGGUGGCAGAAAUUUGUCAAGAAGGCCUUACCCAUUUUGAUUGUGUGACAGAUUGAAAUUUAUUGUUUACAUUGGGGAAUGUAUCUCGGAUUUUUAAAUAGAAGAGUAAUAAACAGACUUUAAAACAAAUAUUGAGAUUUUUACCCGUUCUAGGCAAGCAAAUGAAUUAUCUGAACUCUAAGGCGCUGGUUGUUUAGAGUGGCUGAGUAAGUGCAACUUCUGGAAACAUGUUUGAUGCCGGCACCAGCCUGCCGCAGACAGGCGGGGCACCAGUAAACAGCUCGUAUUAAAGAUGACUCUGUUUGUAUGUAUCCCUGUCAAAUAUAUUCUAUAAUGAAAUAAAAUCUGAAAAGUGGAUUUCUUACUGACCUGUAUUCAUGAAAGUACAUAAAUUAAAAUAUUUAAAAUUA